GUUCCAUUCCAUCCAAUUCCAAAUUCCAAUCCAAGAUCUCUCUAGUCUCUGCUCUUCCUCCGUCGCACGCACGCACGCCUCAGCAGUCGCAGGUCGCAGGGCAGGGCCCCACCGCUCCACCGCCCCGCGCCAGCCAAUGUCAGGCGACGGGGACGCGCGCGGCCUCGAGGCGGCGGCGUCCGCCGCGGCCGAGGCAGCGCGGGAGCUGCGGGAGGCGGCCGCGGCCCUAGUCGCCACCCGCGCCGCCGAGGAGGACGCGCUGCGCCGCCGCGCCGUGGCGCUCGACGCCGACGUCCGCCGCCUCCAGGGCUCGCUCCACGCCCUCGACUCCUCCACGAUCGACAAGGUCGAGGAGGAACUGGAGCGUGCCAGGGUGGCAAUCACGGAUAGUGAUGUGGCUUCGUUUCUACCUAGCAAGCGAAAUGGGAAGUUUCUUAAGACGUUUCUAGGCCCUGUGAAUGUGCGGGUGGCGAGGAAAGAAGAUAAGCUCAAAAUCAAGGAUGAGUACAACAAUUAUAGGGAUAGGACUGCCUAUAAGUUUCUGUUGUUUCCAUCUAUCCUCCUCCUACUGAGAUGGUGGAUAUGGGAUGGAUGCCUUCCAGCAUUGGCUGUUCAAAUUUACCAGGCUUGGUUACUAUACCUGUACACAAGCUUUGCUUUGCGUGAGAAUGUAUUAAUUGCGAAUGGAAGUGACAUUCGUCCAUGGUGGAUAUAUCACCACUAUCUAGCAAUGCUGAUGGCUCUUAUUAGCCUUACAUGGGAGAUAAAAGGACAACCUGAUUGUUCUAGCAAGCAGAGGGGGGUGCAACUUUUCUUGCGUUGGGCAAUCAUGCAAGGCAUUGCAAUGCAUCUACAGAACAGAUACCAGCGCCAAAGAUUGCGUACUCGAAUAGCUCUAGGAAAGGCUAAAAGAAUGGAUGUCGUCGCUGGAGAAACAGCUGGUGUGGAGGGGCAGUUGUUGCUGCUAUAUCCUGUCCUUUUCAUAUUACAGGGUUUUGAAGCAUAUGUUGGAGUUUUGCUUCUUCAGACAGCUUUGCAUGGGCUUGCCUCCCAGUGGCAGGUUGUAGUCUGCGGGAUCUUGCUGGUGGUUAUGGCAGUCGGCAACUUUGUCAACACUAUGGAGACACUGCUCCUGAAACUGAGGUUCAAAGCAAAGAUGAAGAGAGCAAAGAACAGACAGGAUCGCCCACAUCAAAAUUGACAGGCAUCAUGGUUCCUGGAACCAUCGGUUUGUAAAUCCUUUGAGCUGUAUUAAAGGAUUUUCAAUGUUCCUGGAACCAUCGGUUUGUAAAUCCUUUGACAUUGAAAAUUGACAGAGCAAAGCUGACACCAUCGGUUUGUAAAUCCUUUGACCUGUAUUAACAUUUUUGCCUGCUUGUAAUUCUCUGUUUUGGUAAUUGGCCCUGUAACAUUGAAGUUAAUAUUCCACACAACACGACGGAUGAAGACAAUAUUUCCUCUUCCUCAGAUGAAAAUUGCGAGUUUGCGCUGUACUAUGCUUUCUGUUUAAAACAUAUGGGGUCCUGAAAUAGGACAAUAAUAAUAAUGUAUGUA